UUCUCUUCCGGAUUUUCUAGCGUGACCGACGUUUCGUGUCUGUUUAGACUUAAAAAAUGCGUUACGUGGCCGCUUACCUCCUGGCUGUGCUCGGUGGAAACACCAGCCCCUCUGCAAAAGACAUCAAGGCCAUCUUGGGCAGCGUAGGAAUCGAGGCCGAUGACGAACGCUUAAACAAGGUCAUCAGCGAGCUGAAUGGGAAAGACAUCAAUGCCGUCAUGAACUCAGGCCUCGCUAAGUUAGCCUCCGUACCAGCAGGUGGUGCUGUAGCGGCCCCUGCCGUUGCUGCUGGGGCCGCUGGAGCGGGGGCUGCGCCUGCUGCUGCGGAAGAGAAAAAGGAAGAGAAGAAAGAGGAAUCAGAAGACUCAGACGAAGAUAUGGGCUUUGGACUCUUUGAUUAAUCUGGAUUCUCUGUGUUAAAAAGCAAUAAAAAUGUAAAAGGUUUACACUCA